UCUAUGCAGGUUGCAGAUAUGGCAGAAGAAGACCUGUAUAUCGUGUACAAGGGUGUGUAUUUGAUCAAACCGACUCAUACCCCAGAGAGCCUGAAAUACUACGAUGAGUUCUCUUUCCGUCCAGAUGACAUUCUGAUUGUUACUUAUCCCAAGUCAGGGACAGUAUGGAUGCAGGAGAUAAUACCUCUGAUCCUGAGCCAGGGAGACCCAGUAGUGGUGGACACUGUGCCCAACUGGUCCCGGGUCCCUUGGUUGGAGUCCAGAGCAUUUAUCCAUAACCUGGACCAGAGACCCUCCCCACGUGUCUUCAUUACUCACUUCCAGUACAACAUGAUGUCAACGGGCUUCCUCAAGGUCAAACCGAGGGUAAUUUAUGUGAUGAGGAACCCGAAAGAUGUAUUCACUUCCUACUCUCACUUUAGUAGGAUGACCUCUUACUUGGUUAGUCCAGGGACACAGACUGAAUUUCUCCACAAAUUUCUUGAUGGAAAAGCGAUUUUUGGCUCGUGGUUCGAUCACGUGAAGGGCUGGCUGUCUGCUGCAGAACAGCAGCACAUCAUGUACAUCUCCUAUGAAGAGAUGAUCCUGGAUCUGGAGGCCUCUGUGACCCGGAUGGCUCAGUUCUUGGACACACCUCUGGAUUCUGACAUGAUAAGGAAGAUUACCGAUCGAUGUGUGUUUAAGAAUAUGAAAAAGAACAAGAUGUCGAACUACUCCCUGAUGCCAAGUAAAAUUAUGGACCAGAAUGUGUCAGAGUUCCUCAGGAAAGGUAUUGCUGGAGACUGGAAGAAUCAUCUAACUGCAGCAGAAGCGGAAUACUUUGAUGAAUUUUACCGAAAGCAAAUGCAGGAUGUAAAAUACACAUUUGUUUGGGAUUAGUUUUGUGUGUUCU